UCUAACCCAACCUAUACAUUCAUAGUUUACAGUGCAAUUAUUAGAAUUUUUGAAAAAUUAUGUAGGAUCAUUAAGGUGCCCUCAUCAGUCGCCACUGCGUGUACCGGCUAGGUACGGCAUUGGAAGCAAGCUGUGACGUCAGCUGACGCAUGCGCGUAAAGCUCGCGCGCGCGAUAAAAUCUCAUGACUGCCCAACACUGCCAUCUAGUGAUCAAAUUCAGAAACAACAAUUUACUUUUCUUUUCAAGAUUAGAAUUUUUGGAACGAAUAGAAUAUUUUACAACCUUAAUUAAAUUGAAAUACCAUCAUAAUUCGUAAAAAGCACCAGAUGGAAAAUUGCAGAAAUUAGUGAGUCUCAAAACGCUGAGACCAUUACUCUCAGAACGAUGUUACGCUAUAUAGCGUCGAUAAAGUAUCGACUGCGGGUUACUAACAAACCGAUCGAGUAAUAUCGAAAACAUCUUACAUACGCAUCAACAAGUGAAUUUAAAUAAAUUCAUAAUUUCGCGCCACUCUACGAGAAGGAACAAAUAUUUGUUACUUAAUUGAAGUUAGUUGCACUCUCAUGUUCGAACUUACAAUUACGUUACUCUAAGUAGUAUAUCAACUAUUCUAUAAAGCAACCUUCAUAGAUAAGGUAUAUACAAUUGAUUGAUCAUUUUGUGUAUGUAUCCAUAGCAACUAAAGCAAUUGAACUCUGACAAAAAGGAGAUUCUUCGACACGGUAUUUUCUUUUGGUAUCAUGGAUACAAAUGAUUCAGAUGAUCGUGUUGCAAAAAGUGAGAAAAAAUCAUUACUCGAAAAAUAUGAUAUACCGGUAGAGCAUCUUUCUUACGAAUACAUUUCCGAAUGCAAAGAUGUAAAGAAAUUGGAGCGGAUAGUAACUAUACUUCGUUCCGGUCAAGAGGGAUAUUAUCCGGAUUUAACGAAAUGCGCGGAGGAACGUUUAACUCUUCUCAACCCAACAAGUAUAAUAUUAAGAAAAUCCGAGCCUAUUCUCAGACGAAACAUGUUAGAUCCCAGUAAAUGUACAGAAAUCGACAAAGACAUCAGUGCCUGGAUGUCUGAAAUGCAAUCUCGGGAAAAAGAUUUGGAGGAAGGAAAAGCUACCUUGAUGGAUCCUCUUCCUCAACCAGAAAUCAGACAAUUUAAAGAACCUGAUCAGAAAUCUGUAGCAAUAAAUUCAAAGAAUACUAACAAAAGUAAACGAAUUUCUUCAUGCGACUAUGAUGCCUGGGAUAAGUACGAUGUCGAUACCGAAUUAAAUAAAAUAGAUAUACGGGACGAUCAGCAACGAAUCGACGCUAAGAGAUUUCAGCGGAAACAGAACGAAAUAGCUGAGAAAAAAAGACUCGAAAAAAAUACACUCAUUGACAAAACAUCAUUGACCGGUACUGAAUUGAACGUGAUGGCAGAGCAAGAGAAAGAAAAAGGAAACGAAGCGUUUAGAGCUGGCGAUUACGAAGAAGCUCUGGAGCAUUAUAACUCGAGUAUAAAAAUGAAUUCGAAUAUAACUGCGUACAAUAAUCGUGCAAUGACGUAUAUUAAACUGCAACGUUACAAAGAUGCGCUCAACGACUGCAACGUAGUACUCGGCAUAGAACAUAACAACGUCAAAGCUAUACUUCGUCGUGCAGUGUCUUUGGAACAUCUCGAAAAAUCGUCACAGGCGUUAGUAGAUUACGAGGCUGUUUUGAAAUUGGAACCCACCAAUGCAAUGGCGAUAGCUGGAGUGAAGAAGUUAAGAAAACCUUGUGAAUCUAGAAAAGUAAGGUAUGGUAAAAAGAAUAUAUUUUCUAGCUGGAACUGUAUGUUUAUGCUUGAUACUUGCAGAAUAGCAAUAGAGGAAGAAACGGAUGACAGGGAUGAAAAAUUGAAAUCUUGUAAAAGCGAGCAGUUGAAAGAAAGAAUGAAUUUAGAGAAGAACAUAUGUUUCUGCGAUAGAGCGCCAGGUCCUUCUCAAAAUUUAGUACCCAGACCGCACAUAAAAGCGGACUACUGUCUCGAAAACGAAAAGAAGAUCAAAAAUAAUGUUCCGAAAAAAUCUGAAACUGACUAUAGUAAUAACAUAGCGAGACCAAUUAAAACUCUGGAUUCGAAUAAUCGUUCUAAUAUACAGAUAAAGAACGAUUCGUAUCAAACAACAAAGCCGAGAUCAAUUUUUUCUUGCACGACGCCUUCUAAACGUGCUAAUUCAGUUCUUAUCAAAGAAAUACCUAAAGAAUCUAGCGAUAGUAAUUCCAGUAACGUAAAAAGUAAUUCAAACCAGAUAAAUAAGCCUAAAAUGAUCAAGGAUAAUAACAAACGCGAUAAAAAGAAGAUAAGCGAAUCAAAUAUUAGAGAUCUAAACAAAGAUUUUGAGGAAAAUUUUAAUAUGAAUAGAAAACAUCACACGAAAUGGUCGCCGGGAAAAAUAAAAGUAGCCGAUAAGUAUACGAAUAAAACUAGUAAAGAGGAGAAAUGCGUUCCAAAGACUUUUAAUAACAUCGAAAAUGCUUACGACUUUAUGCGCGCAUGGAAAUCACUAAAAAAUGAUACCGACUUAAAAGUACAUGCUCAGUUACUGCGUUCAUUGAAUGUCGAUAAAUUAAGUUCAGUUUUAGGAAAUGAACUGGACGGUGAUACGUUUAGCACAAUUUUGCAUUGUUUAGAACAACAUUUUUGCUCAACCAACGACACUGAGAUACUUAACAAGUUUUUAAAAUCAUUCAGUCAAGUAAAACGUUUUUCCAUUAUAAAUAUGUUUAUGAACGCCGAAGACAAACAAGCGGUAAAAAAUAUACUGAACUUCUUGGAAGAGCAUGGAACAUCAGAGAUUUCGUCUUUACGACAAAUUUAUUGCAUCUGAGAAUAGUAUACAUGUUCUUGAAUUUUGUAACAACAAGUAUCAAUUUUAUUCACACCUGUAAUGCUAAGAAAAUGCCCUAUAAGUUAAUGAUUUAAUUUGAUAUAUAACAAUAAGCAAUAUACACGUAUUCCAUUUAUUUGAAGAAAAAUGUUAUUUGAUUGAGUAAACAUUCAGAAUGUGCUUGUUUCCCAAUUAAACUAGAUUUAUUUGGUGACAUUCGAUAAUCUCACUAGAUGAUGAGAUAUUCAUUCUACAUAUUUUAUGAUCUAUGGUACUCCGCAUGCGCUCUGAUAAUUGUAUGAUCGUGAUAUGGGGAACGUAUACCUAUCAGAUACUUUUAUGAUUUUUUAUUCUUGCUGAUUGCAGCACAUCCUGUUAAUUAGUCCGAGUAUCUAUUUCCCAUACAUUUUCCGAAUAUCUGGCAAAAAUUUACUUCAUUUUAUACACUUGCAACCUUACUGUCACUCCCUGCUCGUCCAUUUUUCUCUACCAUG